GGCCGCCCGCCUCGGCGGCCCGCCCGCCUGGCGGUGACUCGGGCUCCCCCUCCCGCCCCUCCUCCUCCUCCUCUGCCGCCGCCUCCUGCUCCGCUCGCCCAGCCUGGGCCCGGCCCAGCCGCUGCCGCACGGCGCCGCCGCCGCCCGCCGAGCCCGGGGCGCAGCCGGGAGCCGCGUGGGGGCCAUGACGGUGGAACAGAACGUGCUGCAGCCCGGCGGCGCCGCCAAGCACCAGCAAACAUUUUUAAAUCAGCUGAGGGAGAUCACUGGUAUCAAUGACAUCCAGGUACUGCAACAGGCACUGAAGGACAGCAAUGGUAAUCUGGAGUUGGCUGUGGCUUUCCUCACCGCAAAGAAUGCCAAGGUUCCCCAGCUAGAGGAGGCGACUUACUAUCAAACAGCCCUUCCUGGAAAUGACAGAUACAUCAGUGUGGGCAGCCAGGCAGACAGCAAUGUGAUUGAUCUCACUGGAGAUGAUAAAGAUGAUCUUCAGAGGGCAAUUGCCUUGAGUUUGGAGGAAUCAAACAGGGCAUUCAGGGAGACUGGAAUAACAGAUGAGGAACAAGCCAUUAGCAGAGUCCUAGAAGCCAGUAUUGCAGAAAAUAAAGCAAGUUUAAAGAGGACACAUCCAGAGGUGUGGAGUGACUCUCCCAACCCAUACGAUCGAAAGCGGCAAGACAACUGUCCAGUGGGGUUAAAGAAUGUUGGCAACACGUGCUGGUUUAGUGCUGUCAUCCAGUCAUUAUUUAACCUACUGGAGUUUCGAAGACUAGUUUUGAAUUUCAGUCCUCCUGCAAAUGCUCAAGACUUGCCCCGAAACCAAAAGGAACAUAGGAAUCUGCCUUUCAUGCGUGAAUUGAGGUACCUAUUUGCACUUCUAGUUGGUUCCAAGAGAAAAUAUGUUGACCCAUCAAGAGCGGUUGAAAUCCUUAAAGAUGCUUUUAAAUCAAAUGAUUCCCAACAGCAAGAUGUUAGUGAAUUUACACACAAAUUAUUAGAUUGGCUAGAGGAUGCCUUCCAAAUUAAAGCUGAAGAGGAGAGGGAUGGAGAGAAACCAAAGAACCCAAUGGUGGAGCUGUUUUAUGGACGAUUUCUAGCAGUAGGUGUGCUUGAAGGUAAAAAAUUUGAAAACACAGAAAUGUUCGGCCAGUAUCCACUCCAGGUUAAUGGCUUUAAGGAUCUGCAUGAGUGCCUAGAAGCUGCAAUGAUUGAAGGGGAAAUUGAAUCUCUCCAUUCAGAAAACUCUGCGAAGUCUGGUCAGGAGCACUGGUUCACUGAGCUUCCUCCUGUCUUAACUUUUGAGCUAUCAAGAUUUGAGUUUAAUCAGGCUUUGGGGAGACCAGAGAAGAUACACAACAAAUUAGAAUUUCCUCCAAUUUUGUAUCUGGACAGGUAUAUGCACAAAAACAGAGAAAUAACGAGAAUUAAACGGGAUGAAAUCAAGAGACUCAAAGAAUACCUCACAGUUUUACAGCAGAGAUUAGAACGAUAUUUAAGCUAUGGUUCUGGUCCUAAACGAUUCCCCUUGGUAGAUGUCCUGCAGUACGCCUUGGAGUUCGCCUCUAGCAAGCCAGUGUGCACGUCUCCCGUCGAUGACCUGGGUGCUAGUGCCCCUGCCAGCGGCACGCUGCCGGCCCAGACCUCCCCCAGCACAAUAGAGCAGCAGGGGCCCUCAUCUUCAGAUGUUCCAAGCACAUCUCCUGUACAAAGAUCAGUAAUACAUAAACCGUUCACACAAUCACGAAUCCCUCCUGACCUGCCAAUGCAUCCGGCACCAAGGCACAUCACUGAGGAAGAGCUGUCUGUCCUAGAAGGCUGUUUACAUCGCUGGAGGACUGAAGUAGAGAAUGACACUAGAGAUUUACAAGAAAGUAUAUCUAGAAUACAUCGGACAAUUGAAUUGAUGUACUCUGACAAAACAAUGGUUCAAGUUCCUUAUAGGUUGCAUGCUGUGCUAGUUCAUGAAGGUCAAGCUAAUGCAGGACACUAUUGGGCAUAUAUUUAUGACCACCACCAAAAGAGAUGGAUGAAAUACAAUGAUAUUUCUGUGACAAAGUCAACUUGGGAAGAGUUGGAACGGGAUUCUUUUGGUGGUUACAGGAAUGCCAGUGCAUAUUGUUUAAUGUAUAUCAACGAUAAGGAACAAUACUUGAUACAAGAGGAGUUUAACAAAGAAACGGGACAGAUCCUUGUUGGAAUGGACACGCUACCUUCUGAUCUAAGGGAUUACGUCAAGGAAGACAAUAAACGUUUUGAAAAAGAGCUUGAAGAAUGGGAUGCAGAACUCGCUCAGAAAGCACAGCAGGAGAAGUUGUUAUCUCAGAUACCUAGGGCACCAGCACCCUCACCUGCUCCAGUUCAAGCAGGAGAACCAGAAUAUUUAGAACAGCCAUCAAGAACUGAUCUUUCAAAGCACUUAAAAGAAGAUUCCGUACAAGCAAUCAAUAAAGCUUUAGCUGAACAAGAAGAUAGAGGUCCGGAAGCUAUAAUGGAUUCGAGCUCUGAUAAUGGCCCAGCUCAACCAGCUCCUAACCAGCGAGUUGUAGAGGUGGCGAUUCCUGAUGUAGGGACUUUUGUGAUUGAGUCAGAGGAGGGGGGUUAUGACGAUGAGGUCAUGCUGACCCCGAACAUGCAAGGUAUUAUCAUGGCUAUAGGUAAAGCCAGGAAUGUUUAUGACAGGUGUGGGCCAGAAGCAGGGUUCUUUAAGGCAAUUAAAUUGGAAUACACACGACUUCUAAAAUUAGCCCAGGAAGAUCCACCGCCUGAAUGUGAUUACCGUUUGCGUCAUGCAAUUGUUUACUUCAUCCAAAACCAGGCACCAAAGAAGAUAAUUGAGAGAACAUUACUGGAACAGUUCGGAGAUCACAAUCUUAGCUUUGAUGAAAGGUGCCGUAACAUAAUGAAGGUUGCUCAAUCUAAACUUGAAAUGAUAAAGCCAGAUGAAGUAAACAUGGAAGAAUAUGAGAGAUGGCAUCAAGACUAUAGAAAUUUCAGGGAAACAACCAUGUUUCUCAUGGUAGGACUGGAGUUUUUCCAAAAAAAGAGCUAUAUGGAAGCCUUGCUCUACCUUAUCUAUGCUUACCAGAAUAACAAAGAACUCUUGUCCAAAGGCCCGUACAGAGGGCACGAUGAAGAGCUGAUAUCUCACUACAGACGAGAAUGUUUGCUAAAACUAAAUGAACAUGCUGCAGCACUCUUUGAAUCAGGAGAUGAUCAGGAAGUAAACAAUGGCCUGAUCAUUAUGAAUGAGCUUAUUGUCCCGUGUUUGCCAUUACUACUGGUGGAUGAAAUGGAAGAAAAAGAUAUUGUUGCUGUGGAAGAUAUGAGAAACCGUUGGUGUUCCUAUCUUGGACAAGAAAUGGAACCUAACUUGCAAGAAAAGCUGACAGAUUUCCUGCCAAAACUGCUAGAUUGUUCUACAGAGAUUAAAGGUUUCAAUGACCCGCCAAAGUUACCCUCCUACUCCACACACGAACUGUGUGAAAGAUACGCCCGAAUUAUGUUGUCACUCAGUCGAACUCCAGCCGAUGGAAGAUAAAUCCUGCAACCUUCCUAAGCACAUUGUAUAAACUUUUUUAGUUCUUAAACCUUGCCUUCCUGUCACAGGGUUUGCUUGUUGCUGCUAUAGUUUUUAACUUUUUUUAUUUUAAUAACUGCAAAAGAAAAAUGACUGUACAAACUUUAGCCAGACUGCAAAACAGUUAAAGCUGAGAAUCGCAUGGCGCUCAGUUGUUUCAACCAGAAUUGGUGCAACAUGCAAGUCUGAUCAUUACGGCAAAACUGCUUUUUUGCCACUUAUCUGUUACAGUAUUACUUUGCUUUUAUCUUGAGAUCCUUUACUUUAUCAACAGCUGUCUGGAUCAUUUUGUGACUGCAACUACUUUAAGUGUCCAGUACUGUGUAAAUACAUGGUACUUGGUAGCUUGUAAAUGAAAUGAAAGAAUAAAGUUUUAUUUAUGGCUACUUCUGUGUUUGCAAGCAGAUACCUUGUAUAUUAGUGUAAAAUACGGGUAUUUUUAGAAGAGGUACAGCAUAUUGAUGGGUUACUCAAUUUUAUAGACAAGAUUCUUCAGGAUUUAUGGCCAGUUUAGUUGCAGGUAGUCAGAGAUUACUGUAUGUGAAUAUAUUGGAAAAACUGUCACAGUAUUAUACGCUAUGUUUUUUUGUAAAUUCUUUACUGAUCUGUAUGAUACUACACCUGAACACUUUUGUGUGUGUGGCCAUGCCAAGUCUUUUCUGAUAGUAGGGACUGGCUUCUGAAGCAAAAUAAUAACGGCACCUUCCUUCUGUUCUUAGAAAAAAAUUAGAAGAAGAAAAAAGUAUUUUCAAUAGAAAUAUAUUACACCCUCUGAGCAAAAUUUCUAGAAAUUGAUCUAAGUAGAGGAAAUAAAGAUUUUUUUAAAAAUGGAAUUUGUGAAGCUUAAGAAUUAAUCCUUUUUUAAAAAAACUUGGUAUUUUAGUCAUGUAAGUGACCAGAAAUAAAACAUUAUUGAAAUUCCUCACUCGAAAUGGGUUGCUAUUGUUGCAACAAAAUAUCUCAGAAAUCUUUUGUCUGCCCUAAUGAAAUUUCUAUUGCAAGUGAAAGAAAAGAUCUGUAGGGCUUUUUUGGUAGAACUGAAAUACUGUCUGCUUUUAAUGAAGAAACUUAAUUAUUUUGUGGAAAAAGAAAUCUAAUGCAUCUGUAGGUAAUGUCACCUGACACUGUUUUGAUUCCUACUCUUUACAGAGAACUUCAUGUGUUAGAACAGUAAACUAUGUGAAUAUUUGUUUGUAUGUUUUUAUUGGAGCAGCACUCAACUUCUCAUUACCGGCUUUCAGGUCGUGUUUGUCCAAUUAUCUACUAAUGAAAGAAUACAGAGGGGAGGGAAGGAGUGGUGGAGUUCAGACCACCUAGAAAUAUGGUGGGCAUUAAUAUAGACAGCUCAUAUGCAUGAAGAGGCAGAAUUCAGUCUUAGUAUAUACCAGUCUUGAAAGCUGUUCACUCUGGAGAGGUGCUGGAUCACAACAUACAGUGAAUAGAGUGUGGUCUUCAAUUCAGAAUCUUUUUAGGACUGUUUACUGUUUUCAAUAUUGGAGCGCUUCAUACUUUGUCAAACUAUCCUUUUUUUAAGAAUAUUGAACUCAUACAAGUGCCAUACUGCUCAGGAGUCUUUUAUUAGGUCUGAAAUUAUUGUUGUGUGAAAUAUCUUUCAAGGAAAAGUAUAAUAUGAAAAGGGUGAAGAUGCCUUUAAAGAGAUUUCACUUUUUGCAUCUGUUGCGCUUAGCAUUGUGUGUUUUUAAACAAGGUUUUGAACGGAUUGAAUUUCUCAUCUGCCUUUUUCAAUAAUUGUAAAAGCACCUGAAAGUGAAAGAGCAAUUUCAUUUUUUUGGUAACAGGUUUUGAAUUUGAAUGUCUGUGAAAACUUUUAAGGAAGGCUCCCCUCUAACCAUGCAGGAGCCAGUUGCCGUCAUCGUCUGUUUAAUCUUCCACGAUGAACACAAGGGAAAAGGCACUCUUUCUAAGAGGGUUGAGGGGACGCUCUAGGAAGAAUGAAGCUGUUCUAAUGGAGGAUAACUCGCUCUUCCGAUGGCAAGUGUUGUCUUGCUCAUCUUGUAUGAAAUGAGUGUUGGUUAACAGCAUAAGCAGCCAACUUAUGUUCUUGUGCGCUUCAGGUAAGGUAUCUUAUGUGGUGUGGGCAGCUGUUUGUUUGUUGAUUUGCUUCGGUGUCUUUUGUUUUUUGCUAAUAGGAGACGGAACGGGGCUUUCCUUUCUUGCUCCUAAACAGUAUUUGCCUGUUCAGCAAACUGGGACCUCAGAAGAAUAGUCCUAUACUUGUUUGUUUUCUGGAGCUCAAGUGACUCCACUGAAACUCUGGCAUUUAUCACAGACAAAAUUGGGUCAGAAGAGAGCACGGAGGUACUGAACUGAAAAGAGAGAAAUUCAUACUUAAGGAAAAAAAAAAAGUCUCGAGCUACAAAAUUUGUUUUAAGUUGUUUUCUCCACCUAAGGUAAGACUUUUCCUAAGGGAUUUUCCAGCCAAGCUAACAGGAUAUUUCAUACAAAUGUACUAUCAAGUUCUGUAGGAAGAAUAUUAAAUAUAAUUUUUUUAGCUGUGUAACUUCAACUACUUAAAUUCCACCCCCUUCUUCCCCCCGAAAUGCAAACAAGAGCAACCUAAGGAAGGAUCUGUUCCGGUUUGGUCUUAUGGUCAUGUCCAGUCGUGCGAGCUGCUGAGCAUGUUUAGGUAGCAGCAAGAGUGGCAGGAUUUAUUUGUUGUCAUUUUUUUUGCAGGACCCUAAUAUUUGCAUUCUGGUUACCACCAGUUUGAUGAUAAAGCUGAUACAUAGAAAGUUACUAUAUGUAUGACUGACUACUGGUGUGAUGGUGUGAUUUUUCUGAUGUGAAAAAUUAUCACUUUCUAAUUGACAUUUAAGGAAACAAGUAUUAGUAUCUUUGCUAUAGACCAUAUUCCUUAAUUCGAUAAGGGUUUGAAUUUUUCACUGGGCCAAACUGAGCAUGUACAUACAGAAACAGUUCACUCUUAGGAAAUAGCAUUGUGAAGAUGCCUCUGGCUUGGCCUAAAUAUCUUUCAGAACACAUUCGUGUAUUUGCCACUAACUCUUCAUCUUGUGUAAAUCUGAUGUUACUCAGAUCCUUUCUACAAAGAUCCUUCUCUUUUAAAUGCUUUUGUAAGCAAUUAUUUCUGCUCUUGAAUUCACUACCUAAAGUUGUAACACUGUUGCCUCUAACAAUAAAGCAGGUAAGUCUGGGUAGCUAUUGCACAUCUGUCAGUUAUUUUUCAUACCAAAAAAGAAUAAUUAUUGAAAACUUUCUUCCAAACAGCUUUCUGCAAGAGGAGAAUCAUCUUAUUCACACCAAAUAGCACUACAUGUAGCAUUUAACAGUCUCAAUGAAUCAAAGUCUUUUUUAGCAGAGAGGAUAUAGGAGAGAAUACUGGAAAGGACAGGCAGGAUACUGCAGAUGGUUUCUUAUUAUUUUUCUAGUGGUAAUAAUGUUUUAUGUCACGUGCUGCGUACCUGUCUUUUUACCUCUAUGAUGUGACUUCAUUCCUUGAGUUUACUCACAUGUGCAAUUUAAGCACAUCUGCAUUUGCAGGCUCGAUGCCUUAGUCUGCGGGUGUUGUGACCUACACACAUCUUCUAAGAAUGAAUGGGUACCUGGGUAGAGGUUUCUGCAAGUGGGAAGAUAAGGAAGAAGCUGUUCAGCUGUUUCAUCAUCAGGAGAAAGAACUUGACGGACCUCUGGCCAUUAGGCUGUGACUCUGGCAGUGAAUAGCUGAGGUGACCAGUGACCCCUAAAAUAUUUAAAUACAGCAUGAAGCAAAUCAGCAAAACACUUGUCGUUCCAGAUGUUCUGUGGUUUGUGUAAAAUCAAGGAUAUGAACAGAGUCCACAUAGUCCACAUGUAAAAUAUCUGAAUAGAAGCACCUCCAUAAUUUGACAUCUGCACCCUAAUGCUGCAUCCUCAUAGUUGAGGCUAAGCUUAGCAGCAUUUAGAACUGAAGAAUCACAGGACAUCCUAAGUUGGAAGGGACCCACAAGGAUCAUCAAGUCCCAUUCUGGUCCCUGCAUAUGACUUCAGGGCUACAGAUGACAUGUGGCUGAUGAUUUGGCACCUAAGGAAUGCAGCCUUGUGAGGAACCAGUUUUAGGCUACAGCAAAGCAAUGACUCUGUGCUAGAGAGGUAUUAAUGGUUUAAUUGUGCUAAUGAACCUCUUUUUUAUCCCAAGCAUAUAAAAUAAAUCUUUUGUUGAAGGAAACUAUAUAUCUUAAAAGCAGGGACCUUCUGUGGGGAAACCAAACAACAACGGUAUGGGGGAGGGCCAUGGACCUUGACCAUGUGCAGGCUUGGGCAGCAAUCUCUGGAUGCUGUUCAUGGUUGAUAGCACAGGCAGCUCUAUGUUUAGGCUGCUGCUCUGGGUUCAGCAAGGACAAAGUUAAUUUUCACAGGAAGAUGGGAGGGGACAAAGCCAGGACAGCUGACCCAAACUAGCCGAAGGGCUAUUCUACACCAAAUCAUAGAAUAUCCUGAGUUGGAAGGGACCCACAAGGAUCAUUGAGUUCCGUCAUUUGUCACCAGAGAGAAGAGAUCAGCACCUGCCCCUCCUCCUCCCCUUGUGAGGAAGCUGUAGCUGCCAUGAGGUCUCCCAUCAGUCUCUUCUUCUCCAGGCUGAACAAACCAAGUGACUUUAGCUGUUCCUCAUAUGGCUUCCCCUCCAAACCCUUCAUGAGCUUUGUAGCCCUCUUCUGGACACUCUCCAGUAGCUUUAUAUCCUUUUUAUCCUGUGGCACCCAGAGCUGCACACAGUGCUCCAGGUGAGGCCGCACCAGUGCAGAGCAGAGUGGGACAGUCACCUCCCUCGCCCAGCUGGCAAUGCUGUGCUGGAUGCACCCAGGACACGGGUGGCCCUCUUGGCUGCCAGGGACACUGUUGGCUCAUGUUCAACUUGCUGUUGACCAGAACCCCCAGAUCCCUCUCCACAGAGCUGCUCUUCAGCCUCUCAUUCCCUGGUCUGUAUGUACAGCCAGGGUUGCCAUGUCCCAGGUGCAAAAUCUGGCACUUGCUCUAGUUGAACUUCAUGCAGUUGGUGAUUGCCCAGUUCUCCCAUUUGUCCAGAUCCCUCUGCAGGGCCUCUCUGCCCUCGAGAGUGUCAGCAGCUCUUCCCAAAAAAAUCCCUGGUCCUAUUUUAAAUGCAGUAUACAUACUAGUUAAAAAAAAAAAAAAAAAAAAAAGGGAGCAAACAAACAAAACCAUAAAAGCAAACAGAAUACCCCACAUAAAUCUGUCUGAAUGGAGACCUUCUUUUCCCUCCUCUCUUAACAAAACUUUGUGUGGGAGUGUACUACAGCUAUGUGAAGUGUAUUUGACAAAACUAAUAGGUGUUUAAGAGCAUCUCUCAUCACCAAGUAAUUUCUAAGAAUAGCUUGACUUUUGGUACUUCUGAUAUUACAAAUUAUUUUUGUAAAUAUUUUUUAACAAAUGGUAAAAUAUUUAUGUAAAAUAAUUUACAGUACUUUCAGCUGUAUCUUGGGGUGUCAGACACUGCCUUUUGUACCUAAUUUAUUUUAAGAAUUAUUAUUCUAAUUCGACACAUCCCAUAAUAAAAUUGGAUUCUGAAAGUUAAGGACAGACUCUUUAUAAGGUGGGUAAAUCAAAGUUAUUCUGUUAAGAUCCUACUGUUAUUGCUAGAACAUAUAAUUAACCAGCUUCUAAUGAAUUACCACAUCUGCAUAUGGGAAGAAUAAAUCACUGAGAUGGAAAGACCAAGACCUUCUUAAUGUCCUUAUAAAUAACACAGAAAACCUGAAGACUUGCCUGGGUACUGAUGUAAAAGAAAAAUCUAGUUUAAUAUGCUGACCUGAUUCUGUUCCUCUUGAUAACCUUGCUGUAAGGUUUUAAAUCAGAUGGAGCAUAUUUGAGAACCUAAUAGAAUGCAGUAUGGAUAAUGAAGUGUUUUAAAUGAAAUGCAGAAACAUAUUGGUAAUUCUGGGUUUGGGGUUUAUUUUUUGGUGAUUUUUUUUGUUGUUUGUUUUUCAAAAUGGCAAAUCAUUUUAGAUCCUAAGUAUAUAUACAAGAGAGCACGUUUGUUUUGACAUGCUGUCACUCAAAAAGGAAAAACCUAAGUCUUUGUACAUUCAUAUACAUAGGUAUAUGUGUACACACACAUUAUAUUUCAUUGAGGUGAAAGAUAAUGAUUUUUCUCUUAAAAACAGCAGACUACAUUUUAAUAUGAGCUUUAAGAACUUAAUGAUAUUUUCCAGCUAUUACUGCCUCAAAUGACUGCAGCUAUUACUUUCUUCAGGUCUGGUGAAAAGAAAUAUGUUGAAACACAUUUUCUUUAUCUUAAGUACAGCCAUGUUAGGUACAACAGCUUAAAAACAAGACUGAGAAAAUUAAGCUGUCUGUCUCACCAAGCAGUAGUAAAUUUGUGAAGAUGGUGAUAAUGGCAAUGACAGUAGCUCAGAGUAACUGCUUUCUCUGAUACCAAAUGAAGAUGUGCUAAAGCAUUUCCCUUUGAAAUGCUCCCAAAGGUGCUGUUGCUCAAGGGCUGUAGGAGGCAAUCAUUUGACACAAGGACAAGUCAACUGUCUCUUUUGAAGUGCCAAAUCGUACUUUUUAGAGCAGUGUUCUCAAAACGGAAGAUAAAGUCCGGAGUCUUUUGCAAGAGAGCUUCAGUGCAAUCUGCACUUUGGAGAAGAGUCACUGUGGUCUAAAGUGUGAGUGAUAAGGACCUUUAGUGUAGUAAAUGAAAGUGCAGGACUUCAAAGUUCAGUGUUUGCCUUGCAACGUUUGCCAGCUUCUGAUAUCUAGACUCAGAAGUGAGGUUGAUCUUUGCCCUCAAAUUUGCUAAUUUUGUCUCAGAAAUUGAAAUUGUCAGGGAGAAAGCAGACCUCUCUAAAGAUGAAUUCUGGUUUUCAUUUCGACAGACUGCUUCUAGAUAGGAAUUAUCAGGAUAGCUGCACAGCUUUUCAUUUGCCCUGUGUCUGCCUUGUAAGAAUGGAGCUGAUUGGGAAGUUUCUAGUUAAAGAAAUCUGAUCUAAUUCUUAUUCAUUAGAAAUCUUCCUGACCACCCUUUGGGUGGGUGGAAGAAGAGAGAAAGAUAAAGGUUCUUCUGUUAAAGAGCAAAUAACACCAUUAUAAAAGCUCCUGCCAGAAUGCUGAGGUUCAGGCUGAGAUUGCUGUCUCUCCUGUAUGACCAGAGGGUGUCCACCAGCUGUCCAGGCAAGGUCUCUCACUCUUUUUGUACAAAGUGGAAUAGCUGCAGCAGAGCUGGAGGUACUUUCUCCAAAAUAGCUGGUAAUCAAAUUACAGCUUGGGGACCUGGGAGACCAAGGUUCAAACCCCCUUUCUGAAUCACGGAGAAGAAUUUGCUUUUGGAACAACUUGAACACGAAGGUUUAUCUGCCUUGUAAAAUCCCACUUCAAACAGAUCAGAUGCAUGAGUCCGUAUCUCUGAUGGCUGGAGGUGUGCCUAGAGAGCUAGGGUAUUCUGAAAUGGAUUUGGGCUCAUCACUGUGAAUGAACAGCAAACUUUGAAAUCUCUCAGUUUCUGUCCUCAUGUGACGUUAGUUGCUGUUUAAAUAUUGACCUUCCAUGGGAUUUCUCUGUUAGUUUGUAGGGCAGUUUGUAAUAAUACCGUAUAGGUAUUACUCACAGAGCCAAAUGGGUGCAUGACCACAUGCCUCUCCCUUAACUUCUGCCACUUGCAGAGUACUUGCUAAAUGCCUUGCAUUGCUCAAAUCACCUGCAAAGAGUGAAUUAGGAUUGUGUAGCAAGUUGGGCUGUGAGAUCUCAGCUCUCCUGUGGAACAUGCAUGUGUAUGUAAUCAGGGAGAGAACUGGAAAAAGGAGGGAAGUGCAAAAGGAGGCAGUGAAUGAACAAGUUAGAUGAUACCUCAGAUACAGUGUAUUAAAAAUUCACAUCUCUACAAAAUAAGUGUAGUGUCCACUAACUGAACAAAAAAAUGGUUGGCUGAGGAAGGGAUGGCUGUCCAAUGCUGGAUUUCUGUGAAUGGAUUCUUAUUUAUUUCCGUGUUUUUCAUUCACUUCAUGAAUGGGAACCAUUAUCCUGAUCUAGCUCAAUCUGUUUGCAGACAUCCAUGUAACUUCAGACUUGUUCUCUUGUCUUUCAUCAUUUGCUCCUCAUUGCUUUAUUCCUUCAGUGUCCACCCCAGACUUCUCAAUCAAGGUUGCUGCUCCUUGCCUCCUGUCUGUCCUGCCCAUGCUGCUGGCUGUGAAGCAGUGGGAGAAUCAGACUAAAUGAGAUUUGGCCAGGCAAGUGUUCAGGUGUGCUUCAGAAGCAGAGCCAGUGACUGAAAAAAAAACAUAACUACAAUAAUUGCAUUUUUAGUUGCAGAGAAUUCAUAGACCAGUUGGGCUUGCUUGCUUGCUGAGGUAGGCUCAUUUGGAAAAGUAACCUCUAAAUACAACUAGAUGUCAAAAUAUACAACUAGGUGAAAUCAUGUCCUUUACACUUAGAUGAGUGUUUCUUCCAAAGCAUAUUGGAAAAAUGGAUAUAAUAAAUACAAUUUUCUGACAUAUGAGAAUAAAGGAAACAAUGUUAACUGCAUGUGUAGUAUUUGUGACACCAGGAAUGUAACCGGGCCCAGUAUCAUUAGUGUGGCCCUGUGGGUUUGUAACACAACCCCAUGUAGCCUGGUGUUACGUCUCUGACAAUUGUCAGUAGUGGGUGUUUGAGGAGGAGUGUGUAAUGUAUGAGCCUACGGUGAUACUUUCCAAGAAUAUUUUCCUAACCUCCAGCAAUUUGUAGUUCAGGAACUUUAUGAACCAAGGGUAGUGACUUUUCAGUGAAAAAAUGAGUAGCUACACAUUUAGUAUUUGUAAUGAGGGAGUGAAUGCUCGUUUAGCAAAUGUUAUAUGAGCACAUAAAGACUCUCUGUUCAGUCUGUGUAUACAAGUGAAAUGGGGAAUGAAUUUCCCUAUUUCCUGGCUUAUGAAGGUUUUACUUAAGAACAUUUAUACUAAUUUUUAGUUAAGUUCUGCAAACAAGUGGAAAGUCCCAUGCUAAGGAGUGAUUGGACAGAGGAAAUAGAAUAGUGAUAUUUAAAAUAACAUUAAGCAAUAUUCUGGAUGUUGUGAACAGUGUUUCUUAUUCCCAUUGCAACUCUGGUCUUUAAAGGUAAGGAAGUUCUUUUAAAUGUCGUGGCUUUGUCAUUCAUUUUAUAAGUGAAUUGUUUUAGCAUUGCUAGGACAUUUAAUCCAUCAUGUAAGUCUAUCAUAUGAAAGUGAGGAUGGCCAAUUAUUUCUCUUUUAUGUAAUUUUGUUGUAGGCACUGAUAUGCAUCUCUGGAGACUAUUUUCAGGUAGCAUGAAUAGCUGUUCCUUGUAAAAUUUCCUCAUGUUCUGUUUCUGAGAAUCUUCUGGCAAAUAUAUAUCUAUUUUUAGUUAAUCACCUUUAAAAUUUUUAUGUAAAAAUAUUUGACAUAGAAUUUUUUUGUUGUUGUUCUUGAAGAGGUGCAAUAAAAAACAAUAAACAAAUAUUAAGUUUAUUUUGAAGAGGGUGAUUUAGAAAAUACAUAUAAAUUCAGGAAAUCUUUUCUAGAGAUGUCUGGAGAUCCCUCCGGCUUAGCUUAUCUAGAGUCUGGAUCUUAUCUAGCAGUAAGGAGAUUUAUUUCAGGCCUCACCAUGGUGAUUAUAUUUCCAUUAGUUUGUUGUCUAAAAUGUAGAAGUAAUAUUGGAAUUGAAAUGAGGAACCACCUUAUCUUUCCUUCCUACAUGGGAAUGACAAAAGGCCAGAUCCUUAAGUUCCCUCUGGCCGGUGCUCCCACCAGAUCCAUCAGUUUUCAUCUCCUGAUAUUAUACUGGUACAGGAUGGAAAGUGCUCCUGGUGUGCAGGGCGCUCAACUGGAUUAGGUGAGCAGCAGAUGAGGAGGGGGGGUCUAGAACCCAAUUUUUUCGAUGCAUGAGAAAAUGGUCUGAAAAUUAUACCCUCUUCACAAAAGAAAGCUGCUGUCGGCUUCCACUUCUCUGAGUUACACAGGUAGAGAUUCAGGUGUCUGUGCAGAUUUGUUCCUGGGUCAGCCUUUUGAACUUGUGUACUUAAAUUCUACUUCCUGAUUUUUUCCCGCUUUAGGUACCUAAAUUGUCAGUAGAUUUGGCCUUGGGUCUGCUAUGAUAAAUCUUGCUCAUAGACAUAAUGACCAAGUCCCUCUCCUCUCAGACUUUAGUGUCAUCAUGUGGAUGGGUGUAGAUGUGGCUGAUUUAUUUUUGAUUCAUAUGAUUAAUUUCCUUAUUGCCAGAACCUUUUGUGGCUAUUUUAUUUGUGGCUAUUCAGUUUCUGUCAAGGAAAAAUUCUAGACUGAUACAGGAAAACUAUAACACUUACAGACUAGUAAGGUGAUUUAGAUGGUCUGAGGCUGUAGCAUUCACAUUGCCACAGUUAUUUGCCAAUCAACUAUCUUCUCUAAUUGGAGUAUAACAACCCUGGCCCCUGGCUUUGCAACAUCAGUCUCUGGCCUUUUCUUGAACUCUCUCAAGAAUUGUGACUUUUCUUUGAACUCUCGGCUUUUAGUUCCACUGACCCUAUUGCCCAUUUAUAACUGGCAUGCUAUUUAUCACUCUCGGGCUUAGAAAUAUGGUUGGAGGAAAAGACUCGAGUGCAAUCAUUCACAUCUAUGGUCUCUUUGUAUUUGGACUUCACAGUUUCUGUGUAGUGUAACUGAUAGGGAGAGAUUAGUUACAAAACUGUAAUUCCAUUGAAGGAUUGUGAUAAUACCGUACCAUAAAAUGUAUAUGAUGCUCAAGAGGUUUGACAACAUUGGGGUUCUGAGAUUAAGUUACAGCAUCUACUACUAGUCUCUGUCAGUAUCUGUUUUAGAAGAGGGUUUUUGUGUAACCCCAACGUAAAAUAUAGGAUAUUCUGUAAGUCAGGAAACUUGCUGUUGCGUUAAUCUUCCCAGAGUCCCAUUAAUAGUUAAACUAUAGCAUGAUGUAAACCAGAUUUGGUAUAAAAAGACAUAAAUAUUUACUGUGAUAUGCUACAGGGAAAUUUUCUGUACUGACUCCUGACAAGGUCUUGGCAUUUCAGACUGAAUUGGGGCUACUUUGGCAUUUUAGCAGUUCUGUGUUCUGAAAAAAAAGGCAGCAUGUAAACCUAUCGAAAAGAGUUAUGGUGUACUGGUGAGCCUAGAGUUUAAUUCCAGGAAAAAAAAAAUCAAUGUGUAUUUUAAAACCCGUGUUGGGUUCUGAUGUAGGAAGGAAGACUGCAGACGUUCCUGAGCCCUUUUCUUAAUGUCUGCCUUCUGUGUGCUUUUUAGGAUAGAGAAAUAUUAAGUUCCUGUGAAGAACUCAAUUUAUGUCUGACAAGCAAUAAUACAAAAUAUUUUGGACUAUAUGUCAAAUUUCACAGUACACUUGUGCCAAAGGUUCUGACAACUGCCCUUGCAUUUUCAAAGUAACUUUUCUGGUUACUGUAAAACACAAACCCCUCUCUCAUGUUACUUGUUGUUAGUGAAAAUUUUAUGAAAACUUACAAAGUCAUUAGAAGGCAAAAAGCAUGUGGUAAGAGACGAACUGUCUUAAGGACCAAUUAGCCACAAAGUCUCAAGCCACAAGAAAAGACUGAAACAGGAAAAACUGUAGAUGUAACGUUUUUUUCAGCUUUGGAUCCCCUAUGCAUAUAGGCACUUUUUUGAAAUUGUGAUUAAAAUGUCUAAUGUCCAGAUGAGACAUGAGGCUGGAGAGCUGUUUUUUUGUUGAUGUGUGUGUGUGUUGUUUGUUUGUUUUUUUUUUCUUAUUUUUCUUCUUUUAUUCUCAUUUUCAGCAUUUCCCAUUACCUAACUCUAAAUACUUACAUGCCGAUGUUCAAACUUUGCCUCCUCAGUAAGGUGGUUCUCUCCAAUCAUAUACUGAAGUGCCUAACUCUGGGGAGAAAGCUUUGUCUCCUCACAAAGAGAUCUGAAUUUCAUGUAUUGUUUGUAGAUCUAGCCUUAUGUUAAGCUUUCCAGUAAUUACCAUUUAGAAGAAAAAAAUGUUCUGGUAUCCUAGUACAGCCAUUGGCUAGGGUGCAAUACCACUUAUGUUUAAUUAGUAGAUAAUUAGUCAUUAGUAAUUGUAAAUGUUGUAUAUACUGGAAGCUUUUGCAACCAACAUUGUGUUGGAAAGGUUUCAAUUUUCAUUCAUUCAGGAUAAAGUACUUUAGCCACUUUAUUUCUGCAUUCAAACUUAGUACUCAAAUGAAGCCCUGUAAAUCUUUUUUUCCCUUCAGAGGGGAAAAUGUAAAUGACAUGAACCAGCCACCAUUAGAUCUUUUAAUGCUGGCUUGUUCAAGAUGAUGUAGUUUAAACAGUGAUUCAUAAAUCAGGUGUGUUUUACUGUCGUUUAAAAUACUACAUUUGGUUUUAAAGCAAAGACAUGUAAGGAAGGGAAGAUUAUUCUGGUUUAAAUGUAGACAAAAAUUGGUUAAUUGUUUGUUUCUUGCAUCAUUUACUGGAAGCUUCUCAGGCAUUUCCUUGUUCCCUAAAGUGUUGCUCAGCAGUUUUUAGUUCAUAUUAUUUUAAGUUACUCUUUCACAAAGAUUAAGACAAGAAUUUUGCUGCAAGCUUCAGUAGAUGUGUUUUGGAGCUUUUGUAUGAUGAGUAAAACAGGGCUGGUAUUACACGUCCAUAGAAGAUGACACCAUAGCCUAUUGAAGAAAAGAAAAAAACAAAACCCAAAAAAUGACAACAGCAAACCAACCAAUCAAAACAAACAAAGAAACAAAAAGCAAACAAGAAGAAAAUGAAAACGGUACUUCUAGAGAUUAGAAACAGGAUGUUAAUUUCUUUUUGUGGAUGAUCCAUUGACAAUUUGAUGAAGUUAUGUAAAAGAUGGCUCUACAAAAGAGAACUGAUUUUCUAACUCUGCCUCUGUAACAAAGAAUUAUCUUCUGUAUAAAAAGCAUGUGCACGUAUUUUAGAGCUAGCUGGGUGAAGUGGGUUUUAUUUUUUCCUUAACAAUUCAGAGAGCACUGAGAAGCAGUCUGUGUCUUGUAGGGAUAUAACAUCAAACUCUAAAGAUAACUUCCACACAUGCUCUUUGGUUUGAGGGUAGCAUUAGCUUUUUGUUCCUGAGAUGGUAAACCCGAAGGGAAUUUCCCUCCUGAGUGUGCAGAAGGAAAAAUUGGGACAAUUAAGUUGCUUGUCUUUAUAGUUAAUUUUUUCCUCAGUGGGUUAUGAAAAAUUAAAUAAUUAAAAUUGGACUAUAAAUAAUCUACUGAACUUGCUCUGCUGAGAGGUGCAAUGUUGUCCUUCUCAGUAGGAGGACAAUUUAUACUGUAAAUAAAAUGAGCUCAUUCUGUUGUCCAGGGCCCGAAGGGCCAAGUGGGAAAGGAGGGACUAGCGCAAGCUGCACAGCGGUAAGAUCCAACUUUAAUUUACCAAGCCUAGCCUUGCUUCUGUGGCUUCACACAUUUUAAAUAAGCCUUAUCUCAGUGUGUACAUGUGAAUUUAUUGAAUAAACUGCCUAUCUGGUGAUAUGUUUGGGGUUGGUUUGUUUGUUUUUUAAUAUGGUUUAUGUGAUCUGUAAUAGACACUGUUACCCCGUUCCCUCAGAUUUGAAAAAAAAAAAAAAAAUAGUGGCUGCUGAUGCUGUUUUUUAACGUGCUUUUUUAUUAUUGUGUUCUUCAAAUUUGAAGUUCAGGAAAAAAUCUUGUAUUUUAGUGACAGCAAAAUGCCCACAGCUUAGAUUCUUUCAAAAAGGGAAAAUGCUUCAUGACAUGAAUGUAAUUUACCUUCUUAACAUUCUCUGUACAGUGCUCUCGGGUCUGUUUGCUUCCCGUGUACUUUCAACCCCUCUGAAAAUGCCUCAAGGUCCCACUUGAUAAACACCCAUGAGCCAAAGUGGACUGAACCUCUUCAUGGUGGUCAGAAUGGUCUGCAAAUUGAUGCAUCUGAGUGUUCAAAAAGACCUGUAAUUUCAGAUUAGAUGAUAUUUUCACUGCUUAGAAAUAUGUGGACAUCUUAAGGAUUAAUUUUUGGCAGAUCUCUACUUCUGAGCAUUACAGAACAUGCAAAUUCAGUCAUGGAAAUAAUGUUUUGAAAGGUGGUACCUUGACUGGAAGAAAGAUUUGGUUUUACUUCAUUAUCAGCUGCAUCUGUGAGAAUCAUAUGGGAAGGUGUGAGAAGGAGAUACAUCUUUAAGGAAUAAAAAGAAGAAGAAGAAAAACAAAACAAUAGUGAUACACCUGCUGGUCUUUUUUCAUAGUUUUGCAACUUGAAGAUAUGACUGAUUUUGACAUGAUUUUUAAUUUUUAUUUUUUUAUGGAAUGCUUAGAAAGGUUGGAUAAUUUUCCUUUAGUCAAGUUCUACAAUUAGAACUGCAUUUCUUUAGAAGCUUCAUGUCCUAACUCAUCCUGAGGAGGAAACAGAAGCUUUAAAUAAAAUAGCACAUGUCUAAAUAUACAUCAGGAAAGAGUGGCUAGUAUGUGUGUUAUAGCGUUACAUAGAAAUAAUGGGAAAAUUUGUCCCCUUGAAACUGUAAGCAUUGUCAGCUUUAAGUUGCCCACAGAUUUGCUCUUAGAACCAUUCUAUGCUUACCUUGAAUGUCCUUAUAGCUAAUUAUAGUCUCUGUCCUGUGAGCUAUACUGAAGUUCACACCGAUUUCAUGAUUGAAUGUAUUGACCUUGAAUGUUUAAAUUAGAGCUACAAAAGUGGUCUCAACCAUCUUGCAAAGUCAAAGUCUUUGAAAGCCUCGCAGCGUUUCAGACUAGCCUGAAAUGUGUUACAAGGCCGGAGGUCCAUGUUGGCUCAUGUGCACCCUUUGGCCAAGUAAUGCUCUGCAAGCUCAGAGGUUUUGUCUUUUCUAGUCUCAAGAACACAGACAGUCAUUGGCACGUGGCUUUUUGUCACCAAGUCAUAAUUGCCAAAUAGUACAACAUUUAUCAUUAACGCACAUUGCUUCUGGAAGAAUAUACAGCCAUAUUUAGAAAGCCUUUUGCUCCCCUCUAAAAUGCAGUUACAUGUAUGGAGAAUGUUGUUGUUUGUCGUUUUGUUUUGUUUUUUCUUUUUUUUUUUUUUUUUCUAUAGCAUAUAUUCUGUAACCAGUUUAGAAUUAUGAAUCUUCUGUGCCAAGACUGAAACAAUUUGUCAAUUUCCACUGUCAAAACAUUCUGGUUUAUUAUAUGCCUUGUAUAAUUUCCUUCAUAUCUAGUAACUGUCUGUUAAGAAACGGUAACGUAUAGAAUGGACUGGAGGUUUAUUUUUAUUGUAGUUGUGCUUAAAAACUCCAGUGAGAAUUAUGGGUCUGCUGUCUUGCUUUCCCUAUGCGUGAAAAGAGACGAAACUUGAGCCUCUAUUAAUCUAAUUACACAAGAAGAAAUUAGCGAUCAAAUUUUCAGGACCUCAACACAAGGACUUGAAGUGAUUAAAACCUCACAAUUACAGCUGCUGAACCAUCAGCCCUUAAGUAUCCCUGUGGCAGUAGGCUGCCCAUGGAUGCCCACUCUGUUUCAUUCACCAAAUGGAUAUUUAACAAUUUUGAAGAUACAGGCUGAGGUUUUUGACUUCUAUAUAUUGGGAAAUCCACUCCUACUUGAUUUAACAAAAAUAACCUAAGAGAUCUUUGGCAGAGGUGGGAAGAAUCUCACUGACUUACAAUGCAGCUUAAGAGAGCUUAAGGCAUCUCUUCUCUCUUUUCUGCAGGUUUUAUGUGUGCUUUAAAUCCAUAGCAUGAUCAGUGAAUGGUUGGAAAAUAUUUUUUAAGCUUGGGACUCCUGCUGGUAGAGGACCACUCUAGGACAUAACCCUUAUCUUAUUUUAGCAGCUAGUAUAUAAAGAACUGUGGUUUGGCUUCCAGCUUUGGGUUUCGUUGUUUCAACUUGAAAGAAACAUUUCAUAUUUAAAUAUGAGAUGCUGUCCUUUUUUUUUCCAAAGUUGUUUGUCACUUACAUUUCAAGUAUAAGUAGCACCGUUUCAUUAAGCUGAUCUGGUAAGGAACAGUCAUCUAUGCCUUGCCCGUCUUACCAUUACAAAGGCAAAAAACCUCACCCACAAACCAAAAAAACCCCACCACCCUUGGAAAUAAAAGGCAUAACUUUGAAUGAAAUGCUUGUUAGGCUUCAGAAGUCUUUGUAUUAAUCUCUUUGCCAUCAAAUAUGAAUUUUGGCACUAUCGUGGGAACAACUUUCAUGUCAAUAUCAUAAUUAGUAGCAGGAUUUUAUUAUAUUCUGUAUAAACAAAAGAAUGUGUUGCCUCUUAAUAAUCUCUUGUUUUUCUUGUAUGUUCACCCCUACAUUCUUCUCUUCUGUAGAAUUUUUAUCUUGUAGACUGUGAGAUUCUUAUCUUCACAAUACCCUUGUGUAAGCAAGUUGGCUGCAUCACACUUAUAAAUAGGGAGGGAUGAAGCAGAGUCUCUGAAUUUCCUGAGCUUCUCUAGUAUGACUCUUGGCUAAAACACUCCUGCCAGAUUUGUAAAUUUUCAGAAAUGUAAUGAAGAUCAAGUUGAAAACAGUUUUAGGGGUAAACGAUUUUGAAUAUUAGAAUAGUCCUAAAAAUAAAAAUUUUCUAAACUAUAAUGCAUUUCUGUCAUCAUUGCUUGUUUUUCUUUCAUCUUAAAUAUCGGUAUUCAAAAGUACGUACAGAUUGAAUAAACUGUUGGUCAACACAGUUAAUUUUAGCUUCUUAUUGAAAAUGUCUAUAUUUUGAAACUUUGUGCCUAUAAGCAGUGACUUGCAAGAGAGCUCAAUAUUUACAUCUUUAGAAACCCUGUUGCUGUUCUGCAGUGGAGAAACUUUCAGUUCAAGAGCUGCUGUUCUUGCUUUUUUUUAGUACUAGAUUCACUGAUGUUUCUGCAGGUUUGUUAGAUUUGUUACAAGGUCUCAUGUUGUAAUUUUAAAGAGGUGAAAAGAAUCAAAACCAAAGAUGUGCAUGAUGUACUUACUUGAACUCUCUUUUCCUGUAUUUUCAAGUAUUUUCUGAUUUAUUUAAUAAAACCAGGUAUUGUAGUUGAUGCUAGGAAUUCUGGCUUCUAGAUAUGCAGCCAUGCUUUCUCUCUGCACCUGUUCUGAAGUAUUACAUAGAAUUUAGUUCAAAAGAGCUUACAACUGUUGAAAUUCAAAAUCUCCCUUUAUUCUACCAGGUCACUUCUGUUUUAUGUCACUGAGGUUUUGUGAAAAUACAUCUUCUGCUUUCUAGAUGAUAGCUGAAGAGCUGAGUUGAUACAGGCUGUAGCAGUUCAAGGCCUAUUUAGAAAAGUCUGAGCCUUACCUCCUUUUCUAUUCCAGCAAAUGUGACUGUGAAGUGUCACUGAGUAUAAAAAUGAAUGAAGAAUUGGGGAAAAUGUGUUUUAUUUUCCAAAAUGUAAAUACUAUCAAUUCAGUCUGAAACUUAGAAGUGAAAUUGCUUUUAAGUAUCUUUCUUCUCUUGUUGUGUUGCAUGCAGGAAAAUCUUACUGUGGGUAGAUUCUUGAGAUUCUUCAGCUCACAAAGCCUGAGAAGGCACAUGAACACUUUGCCGUAAGAGAUGGUCCCUCUGUUUAUGAUGAUACUGGAUUGUCAGUCACUUGAGUGCUUGGAUAGACUUCAGCUAAUAGAGCAUGAAAGGCACCACCAGAAACAUGCUUGUUUUUAAAAACACAUGGAUUUAGCACCUGCCCCUACUCCAUUAGAAAUCUUGUGCCGUAGCAUAACACUUGUGUGGCCAGCUCAAACCAUAUGCACCUCCCAGGUAUCCCAUAUCCUAGAUGUCCCAGCUCCCCAGUGGCCAGGUGUAUCCCUUAGUGCAUCACCUGUGAGAGAGCCUCGUGAUGCUCCAAGUCACCUUGUGUGUAGCAAGAGGUGAAAAGCCUUCCUUCUCACCUAGAUCAGCAGAGGGUUGAGAGGAGAGUGAAGCUGAGCCAGUGCUUGUGUUUUCGCCUUGAGGCUUUCUUGCUUCUGGGGUCAGAGGCGAUGUGUGUGGAAACGCACCACAGGGCUGCUGCCUGUGGGUCCGUGGAUGUGUAUGAGCUGAACAUCAGGUGUCCGUAGCUAGAUCCUACGGUGUAUGGAGCUGCUCCCAGAUGUAUGCUCCUCCUACAUGUUCAUUGUGCCCUCUGGAGUGGCUUGUGGCUCUGUAGAGAAUGGCAGAUACGAUCUCCCUACUGUUUCCCUUGCAGAAAAAUGUUUUGCUUUGUCUUUGUUUGCCAGUGGGUUCCUACAGGCAUUGCUGUCUCUGGAGUACAAGGGGAAGAGGCAUGCAGACUGAGCUGUGUCCUUGGUGGUGUUGGGUUGGAUGUGGGUGGCUGAAGACAUAAUUUUAUGUAAGAAAUAGCUGUUGUGGAUGAAACUAACAGAGAAAGAAUCAAGGGUGACUAUUUUUUUUGGUUGCUUGCCAUUUGGGGUAUUGUUUUGUUUUCUCCCAUUGGUAAACAAAGGGACAACCAGAGAAACAUGGGUCUCUUUGACCCUCUCUUUCUGGUGUUCUUACAAUAACCCGUCAAAACGGAAAUUGUAUUAUUCUAACAUAAUAAUCACUUUAUUUUUGUAUUUCACAUAUUUUCCUAUGCUUUCUUUUCAAUUAGACCUAAAAUCUUUUGGAUUUAGAUUACAGGUCUUGCAGGGUAGUAGUUUAUUAAAUACGACACUGAAGGACUGUAUAUAUUCUCCUGAGGCCAUUAUGAGGUAACUAAAUACUAUAAUCCCUAGUUAUGUGAUGGAGAAAUAGAGUCACAGACUUGUCCAAAACUGUAAAGUAUUUGGUAUGCUACAGAGUUGGAACACAGAAGCUUUCUUGGCUUUAUGCCCCAGCCACCAGUAAAUAAGGCUGCUUCUCGUUAGACAUUAAAUAUAACUUGAGCUUUUGAUUGAGUACCGAGGGAGAACCCUGCCCUUGAUUUAAAGAUGCAUUUAGUAAGAAUGUGUUCUUCCAUAACUAUUUAUAUCAAGCAGAUUUAUCACCUUAUUUACUGUAAGAAGGAAGUGGGCAUGGGAAAUGCUCCAUAACUUUUAAUGGCAAGAAGGAUAUCCCCCUGCCCUGUGGUUCAGCCUUCAUAGUACUAGAUUUGCCUUUGGAGGAAAAUGCAGUGUUUGGGUGUGCACCAAUACGAGCUCUUCCAAGCAUGUGCCAUUGAAAUAUUAGGUUGCAUCCAGUCGUUCCAUUCUGUUAAAAUAAUGCUGGUUUUAGUGCUAUUCUUGCCAAAUACCCCUAUUCAGAAAGGCUUCUUGCUCUCUGCCGAAGCUUUGUUUUCUUCAGUUUCAUCACAGCAGGCCAAAUACUAGUUUUUCUGACAAGUCUAUGUGCUUUGCUAUAUCAAGACUUUGUGUUGUUGCAUAGUCAAGACGGCUUCAGGUGUCUUUGAUUAAUAGCAUGUGGGAUACACAUUUCCUUGUGUAGUUUGGGACACUGAUUUUGGCUGCACAGUAUGUUAUGUAUUUCAGUCCCUACUGAAUCUUCCCUUUGCUGUUCCUCACGUUCAUCUGCCUUUGCUUGUGUUCAGGGACAAGAUUUAAAGGAGGGUGUUGUCUGGGAGGCCACUCUAGGAGGUUCCAAUAAGACUAAUGCCUUAAGCGACACUUACUAAAUGAAGUUCGUCAUUGUUUUAUCCAAAAAAGCUAUGUGAAUUCAGCAGAGGCAAAGACGGUUGCUAAAUGCUUAACCGUAAGAGCUAGACAUAGAGGAAGGUAGGUCUUCUCAAACGUGUCCCUGGAGCUACAGUCGUUUGUACCAGCUGAGAUCUCACCCAGUAUAUACUGAUUUUGCAAGAGGAAUCCCAGCUGGAACAGUGAGCUCUGGCUUUCCAUGUAUCUGAUGCAAGUGGAGUAGAGCAAUUCUAAAUCUGGCUCAUCUUUAGCAAUUGCAGUAGCAAACACCAAAAUUGCUCAAAACAUAGAACAGUCUUAUGAACCUCUCACAGACUUGUUAUGUAGUUCUUAUGUACUGAGAAAAGUAGUGAGCCUGAAUAUAACCAUUCCAGGAGGUUUGAUGUUGCUUUCAAUGUGUUAGUAAAUGAUGUGGCUGGGUUGAAAUGCAAAAUUACAAAUUUCAAUUGCAGUUUCCAGGCUGGAAGUUUUUCUAACCUCCUCCAGGUUUUGCCGUAGCUAAAUUGUGCAACAUUUGUGAUUUCUGGUACAAGCCCACAAGGGUUAAUCGUUCCUUUAUAAGUAGAGAUUUUACCACAAGAUAAUUUUCUCCCCUUUUUCUGAACGUUGCUUUGAAUUUCAGAUUAAUCCUCUGAAUACCAAGGGCCUUAGGAACUCAUUACAUGAUAUGAAUGUUUGUACCUAUUGUGACACUGACUCCUAGUCUAUUAUAUUUCUAUUACCUUAAUGGGCAUGCCAAAAUUAAUAUGCAUGUCCAUUUAAAAAAAACCCUCAGAUUAAAAGCAAGUGCAUUUAGUAAAUCCUAUAUAGUCAUAGAAGAUAUGAACCUAUACAUAGCCAUAGAAGAUAUAACCUUCUACAUAGCCAUAGAAGCGAGCGUGUUGGAACAUUGCAAAAUAUUUUUUGUUUUGUCCUCUUGAGUUGUUGGUAGUAUUGCAAAUCUCCACUACUAUUCCCUGUAGUGCCUCGUAAUUAAUGUUGAAAAGAUGCUGGGAAAUACUUGUUACAUCUCUCAAUGAUGUGUUGUUCUGGGUUUACUGACGUUCCACGAUUUCAGCCUGCAAAUACUUAGGGUUUCCAGUAGAGGUCAGGGUGACAUUGUCAGAUAUUUAGUAAACACGUUGACCUGAAUAGGAACCUUCCAACAUUUUCCUUACUAUCACAGACAAGACGUUUGGGUGGAAUUUGUUUGAUUUACUUUUUAAUAUGCAGAUGAAGCAUUGUAUAAUUAUUUUUGUUUCCCCUGGAUUUCAUCAGCAGCUUUGUAAAGUUUGAUGGUGAAUGUGUUGAGUUUCUUGAGAAACUGUGAAGAAUUGGAAUAGAGGAAAAACAGUGGGAACAAGAUGACCCUGAAGAAUUAAUGCUGCUGUUGAGACGGAUCUAACAACGCAGUCUGGGCUCCGUGCCAAAGGCUGGUAUUUCACAGCAGCGACCGCCUUACAGAUGAGCUGUGGGAAGCAGGAGGGAGACUCUCUUAGGGUGCCACUACUAUGGAGACACAGCUGGGCUGAACAAGAUUUGCUUCAAACGACAACAAGAGAGACAGAAAGUGUCUGGUUCGACCGCUGCCCAAGCAGGCAGUAACCAGAAGAGCUAGCAGCCAAUCCGGCCAUGCUGCACUGUUCGAAACCAGCUCUACAUCCCAGCCAAUCAGUGACAUCACUGGCUUGGAAAGUACUAUUUUCUGUAGAUGGUAGCAUCUGUCUGGUGUGAUGCCCCAUUCUUCUUGUGAUGCCACAUGCAGCACUGAGAAGUCCUGGCAAAUGGAAGAGGUAUCUUGCAAUAAGGUGUACAGCUGCCUUUCCGUUUUGCAGCAGGACCCUGUUUGCUGCUUCACAAGCCGCAGAGCAAGAGAAGCCAAGUUUAGGAGCAUGCAUAUUGUGAUAUCCUCAGUGAGAAAAGAAGGGUGCCGUAGAGAUAACAGCGAUUUCAAGGUUAAAGGCAGAGGUCACGGUGGUGCUGUGAAUUCCACUGGCUUCAGCUGUCUGCGUCAGACCCCAGGAGGAGACCUGAGGCUGGCUGCGUGCUGCGAGACGGGCUUUCACAUGGGUGAUGAAACCACGGCUUUUUUCUUAGCUGUGAUAGUGAGAAGUGCAUUGUAGCUGUAGAUCUGCUCCAGGUGCCCCACAAAGUAGCUGUCAUGAGGACUGAGCUGCAGGGAAUGGUGACAGUGUGGGACUUGUGGAUGUGCGUUCUGAUCCUCCUCCAGAUGCAGUGGAGCUUUCACUUCUCUCUUUUUCUGCUAUAAUGGGCUUACAGUGCAAUCCAACCCCUAAUUUCUUUUACAAUGCAUUCUGCUCAGGCCAGUGAAUUUUGCUUAACUGAUUAG